AAUCUCUUUCUUUUAUUAUUCUGAGAUGGAUGGAGACAAGGCUCAAUAUUCACGCCUUAUGGAGUCUCUGAAGAGGAGACAGCGGCUAGGCCCUGACGAGCUUAGACUUAUUGCUGAACAUGACAGCGAUGAAGAUCAUGAAGGCAUGACCAUUGAAGAGGAGGACUUCAUGGACAUGGAGCUCCUGGAUGAAGGGGAAGAAGAGGAUGAAGAGGAGCAAGAUGAGCAGAGGGAUCAACCAACAACCUCCUAUCGGUCAAAGUUCAGUGUGCAUUGUUCAUUGGAAGGAGGUAACUUGAGGUGAAUGCAGACAUCAUAUGUGUUGCCUGUAGCAGCCAUGCAAGGGGUUUGAGUUGUCUUAAGUUUCUGAUGAGUGGAGUUUUAACCCAAUUUCCAUCUGCUGCACCUG